GGGGCGGGAUUAGCACUGCGGCUUCUUCCUGAAUCGCAAUGCCGCUUGUGGAAGCUAAAUUUAAUCAACAUGAAAUCCUAAAAAAGCAGUAAUAUACAUAUUUUUUAGAUUAACAGUUUAGAGUGAAAGCGCCGCGAUGGGUUUGCUGACAAUCUUGAAGAAAAUGAAACAGAAGGAGCGGGAGAUGAGGCUACUGAUGCUAGGUUUGGACAACGCAGGGAAAACGACCAUCUUGAAGAAGUUUAACGGAGAAGACGUGAGCACCAUUUCUCCCACUCUGGGCUUCAACAUAAAAACUCUGGAGCACCGAGGGUUUAAACUAAAUAUUUGGGACGUGGGUGGACAGAAGUCGCUUCGUUCCUACUGGAGGAACUACUUUGAGAGCACAGACGGGCUGGUUUGGGUGGUGGACAGCGCAGACAGACUCCGACUGGAGGACUGCAGGCAGGAGCUCAGUGCUCUGCUGCUGGAGGAGAGGUUAGCUGGUGCAACGCUGCUGGUGUUUGCCAACAAGCAGGACUUACCAGGAGCUCUGUCCAAAGAGGCAAUUAGAGAGGCGUUGGCUCUGGAUGAGAUCAAAAGUCAUCACUGGUGCAUCAUCGGCUGCAGCGCAGUCACAGGAGAGAACCUGUUAGCUGGAGUGGACUGGCUGCUGGACGACAUCGCUGCCAGGAUCUUUACUGCAGACUGAGAACAAAACGCAGCCCCUCGUGUUUGGAGAUCUGUGUCCGCUUUGCGUAUUGACUGAUGCUUUUAUACAUUAUCAGAUUAACUGAUGAUUGUGCCUCACUGGAAUCUGUGUUGUUUUUAUAAUAAAUAAGUUUGGUUGUCACUAUUA